UGUCAGUCCUGACCAAUCACAGCACAGAGCACAGUCUUGUGAUUGAUUGCAAAUGUGUUUAAAAAGGAAGAGCAGCGGGUAAAGCCUGAGUUUCUCUGGUGAACACAGGCACGCGCUUUUUAGACUGAGCAUCUGAGCACAAGAUUGAAUUCUAGGCUACAAAAUGAAGGCUGCUGUGUGUGCCCUCCUUCUCCUGCUGACUCUAUAUCAAGGUGAGGCACUCAAGUGUAACUACUGUUUCUCACAGGGGGGUAACCUCUGCACCCCUACCACCACCCAGACCUGUUCAGGACGCGCUAAUGCCUGUGCUGCGGUCAUUUUUCAAGCCCCGCUGAACCGUUCGUUCCGUCAGUGCAUGAACAUGGCCGUGUGUCAGGGCUACAUCUCAACACCAGGUGUGUUCGCCAGGUGCUGCAGCACCGACCUCUGCAACUGAGCCUCUUCACUUCAGCUUUGGGCCUUCAUGACGUCAGAUCACGGAUCUCUGCUGUUCAGUUGUACUCUGUUGGUCACACAUUGCUGUGUGUAUGUAUGUUUGGUUUCUCUGAACGGAUGGAUGAACAUUUCUUUGUCAGGUCAAAUUUUAACCACUGUGGCGCAGUUCUGCUUAAUGGCACUGGAUGGCAGUAGAGCACCAUACCAAAGGAUGAGCAUCCGCUUUGCCUACUGUUGCAUGUGUUUUUUUUAAAAGAGCAUUAUUAAAAGACAAAUAAUGAAAUUGA